AUGUCGGGCAGCACCCGCAGCCACGCCGAGGGCCGGCAGUUCCCCGGGAAUUGCACCCUGGAGAUGGCCCUGCAGCGCGUGGUGGACGUUUUCCACCGGUACAGCAUCCGCCAGGGAGAGCUCGACCUCCUCAGCCUCGGGGACUUCCAGACCCUGAGAGGUUUGAGUGACCCCCCUCCCCCCCUGUCCCCCCUCUCCCUGCAGCACGUGAAGAACAAGGCCACCAUCGACGAGCUCUUCAAGGACCUGGACGUCAACAAGGACGCCCAGAUCAGCUUCGGCGAGACGAUGCUGCUGAUCGUCCGCGUCACCAUCGCCACCCACGAGCACCUGCACGAGGUGGAGGACCACCAGCACCAGCACCAGCACCACCAGCACCACCACCACCACUGA